AUGCUAACCCCAGGUCGUCCGACAAUGUUUUUCUACACAAUCGCUGUCCUCGCCUUCGUUGGCCUCGGUGUUUCCAACAGCGCCCAUCUUUCACAUACGGAUCAGAAGGACGGCGUGCAAGCGCAAAAGUGCAGCAAGAUGCUGACACGCAAAGAAUGGCGGACGUUGACGCAUAGGGAAAAAUCUGAGUGGGUGGGAGCUGUCAAGUGCCUAGCAAGCAUACGACACGAGCGGCUUUCCUUCACCAAAGACCAGAGAGUGCUCAAGGGGAAAAGAAGUCUUUACGAUGACUUCUCGUACUCACACGCAUCAGUCGAGCAGAGCGCACAUGGGAACGCCUACUUUCUGCCAUGGCAUCGCUGGUUCACCUACUUAUUCGACACCUCCCUCCGCCACACUUGCGGGUAUUCCGGGCCGACACCUUACUGGGACUGGUCGCGCGAUCACGCAGACCUUUUUGGCUCGUCGGUUUUUGAGGACUCACCCGAGUAUGGGCUGGGUGGCACGGGGGAUUGCAAUUCCUCCCCCGAGGCCGACUGCACCGUUACCACGGGUGCUUUCGCUCCACCCAAUGGAAACUUCACGCUUGCCUGGCCGAUGCCGCACCAUCUGCGGAGGAACCUGACGCUCAUCACCGGUUGGUUUCCCCAUGAACUGCCACAGAACCGUACCCUCGGCCCAGACUUUGUGCGCAACUCCAUCGAAAAAUCCACAGGCGACUACUUCAGGUUUCAGCACGCAAUGGAGCUAAUGCAUAACCAUGUGCACAACUUCGUUGGGGGCGACUUGGCGGGCGACUGCCCAAAGGCCCUGCCGGACGAGGAUUGCCAGGGCAUGGCAAUCACCUUUACGCCCAAUGACCCGCUCUUCUGGCUGCACCAUGCACAGAUGGACCGUUUAUGGAAUAAGUGGCAGCGCUACCACCCAUCCAACUUUGCCGCCUUUUCCGGCAUGCCCUUCACCGAGCACAAUAUGACCAGCUCAGGCUACGACCUUGACGCGAGUGCAGAUCAUCAGAUGCCCUUUGACGUUCACAGUGUGCCCAUGACGCCGAGAAAGGUCUUUGAUACGGAGGGCUGGCCUUUGUGUUAUCGUUAUGUAGACGACGAGUGA